UUCCACAAAAACUACAAAAAAAUUCCGAUCUGACCAACCACAUCCUGCCAAUAGUCAGUAACUCAAGAGCCUAUAAGUAUGCUAUUCAAGCAUGUACCGACUCCUCGUUCAAGUCCAUUGAUGCCCUGAUAGGCGAAGAUGCUUCCAUUCGUACUCCCUUAUCUCAUCUCCUAUGGAAAGAAGGUGACAGCAACAACAACCUGGUUUAUUCAAGACCUGUUAAGGCUGGUACAGUCUGCGGUUUAGAAGAACUAAAUAGCAUGCCAGUUGGCAAAGUUGGCAGAAGCCUAAUAGCUGGAUCAGCACCAGCAACUCGGGCAAAUAGAAGCAUUAGCAGCAGCAGCAAUUCUACCAAAUCUUCCGCCUUGUCAACCCCCCUGAUUAACCAUUCGACAGUGUCAAUAUCCUCGAAAGGGAUAGGUGGAACAACGGCCCCGAUGAUGAAUGGAACAAAUGUUAAUUCACCAGUAAGAUCGCCCGCUUCAAAGGCAUCCGGAGUGAGGCGGAUAUAUUCUCAGAUCACUGAUCCAAAGUCGAUGCUAAAGCUACCACCCAAAUACUGGAGCAUUCAUUCCAGGAUGAGCAAGAAGCAAGAGGCUAGUGCUAGUCGGAAAACGACGAAUGGGGAUAAUGACUGUCAGGAGCAAGCAAGCUUAGCUUCGAAAAAGUAA